CGUGUAAUGUGGAGUAUCGGUAGGAAGUUUACUUUGGCAAAGACCGACCGUAUAGGAAUAUAGAUCAAAAUCACGAGGGUUCAAGACAAUACACCCGAAAGAAUUGAUUCACCACCGUGAUAUUGUACUUGUGACCACUGACCAGUGUUUAUGAUUUUCACAAAAACCAAGUUUACCCGGCAAGUUGACUCGUAUAAGACUUCAUUUUUCACGUCGUAUAUGGUCGUGUUUCUCGCCUUCUAAGGUCUGCUUUCAAAUCGAAUCAAGGAAAUCGGAAUCCAAGCAUUAAAUUCUCUCUGCAUAUAUAGUCAUAUACCAUCUUCGAUCGUCACCAUGCCCAACUAUAAACUGAUCUACUUUGAUGCCCGUGGUCGUGCCGAGCCAGCCCGUAUGAUGUUUACUCUAAGGGGUAUCGAGUUCGUCGAUGACCGUUUUAAACACGAGGAAUGGCCACAGCGAAAGACCAAUAAAGAAAUGUUCCCCACUGGACAAGCUCCCGUUAUGAUGAUUGACGACAAGGUGAUUCCACAGAGUAACGCCAUUUGCAGGUACCUGGCCAGGGAAUUAGAUUUCUAUGGAGCUAAUAACUUAGAAGGAGCUCAGAUCGACAUCGUCCUCGAAACCAUGGGCGACAUCGAGCUUAAGUUACAUAAUGUCUACGUAGGACAAACUGAAGAAAAGAAGGUUGAGCUGAAGAAAGAGUUUGUGGAAAAGACUUCCAAACCUUACUUUUCUUAUCUUGAUCAACUCAUCCAAGCAGCAGGCGGGAAGAAUUUUGUCGGAAAUAAGAUCUCACUUGCUGAUAUCCACGUCUUCAACAUGCUGGAUAUGAUGACGAACAGCAAGUAUGCUAUAGAGGGCGUCCUUGAUGCCCACCCUCAACUGGCUGCCUUCUACAAGUUCUUCAAGGAGGAAGGUCCUCUCAAGGCUUACAUUGCAUCGCGGCCCGUCACGGAUUCUUAGAUAGAUUACAGACUUGUUAAAUUACAUUCACGAAAGCAACCGUUGGUGUGGCAUUGGUGUUAGGGAGCCUUUGCUCAGCGACAUACGGAGGAUUCAA